AUGUUUCCUAGCCCUGUGACAACGACACCUUUCUCGGUCAAGGAUAUUUUGAACCUGGAACAGCAUCAGAGCGGCCUGGCCUCCAUGGAGCUCUCCUCGCUGUCCUCCCCGUCCUGCAUGCUGGCCACUUUCAAGCAGGAGACGUACAGCGCCGAGCCGCCGGCCCUGCCCGACCUGCGGGAAGAGCUUCCCGAGGCGCCCGCGCCCAAACCCGCCGCUGCCUUCCCCGGCUCCUACUACGUGAAAAGCUACAUGGAAAUGGACUCGGCCAAGGACGCCAAGACGGACAAGAAAGAACUGUGUUCCCUGCACAAGAGCCUAGAGCAGGAGAAAAGAGACCUGGAAGAUCCCGAGCGCCCCAGACAGAGGAAAAGGAGGAAACCUCGGGUCCUCUUUUCUCAAGCCCAAGUCUACGAACUGGAGAGAAGGUUCAAGCAGCAGAAAUACCUCUCGGCUCCCGAGAGAGACCAUCUAGCGAACGUCCUAAAGCUCACCUCCACCCAAGUGAAAAUUUGGUUCCAGAAUCGAAGGUAUAAAUGCAAAAGGCAGAGACAGGAUCAGACCCUCGAAAUGGUGGGCAUCCCUCCCCCCAGGCGGAUAGCGGUGCCGGUGCUGGUUCGCGAUGGGAAGCCCUGCCUGGGGGAGUCUUCUCCCUACAGUUCUCCGUACAAUGUCAGCAUCAACCCUUAUAGCUACAACGCUUACCCCGCGUACACCAACUACAACAGCCCCGCCUGCAACGCCAAUUACAACUGCAACUACCCCUCCGUGCAGCCCAUGCAGCCCUCGACGGCCGGUAACAACUUCAUGAACUUCAGCGUGGGGGACUUGAAUUCAGUGCAGGCGCCCAUCCCGCAGGGCAGCGCGGGCAUCUCCACGUUGCACGGGAUCCGAGCCUGGUAG